AUGUCCAGUGGGGGAAGGUUUAAUUUUGACGAUGGAGGGUCAUACUGUGGAGGCUGGGAGGACGGAAAGGCUCAUGGCCACGGAAUCUGUACUGGCCCGAAGGGUCAAGGUGAAUAUUCGGGCUCCUGGAGUCACGGCUUUGAGGUGCUGGGGGUAUACACUUGGCCCAGUGGCAACACUUACCAGGGCACCUGGGCACAGGGCAAGCGCCAUGGCAUUGGCAUGGAGAGCAAGGGGAAGUGGGUAUACAAAGGAGAGUGGACCCAUGGAUUUAAGGGACGGUAUGGGGUCCGAGAAUGCACUGGAAAUGGGGCCAAGUAUGAAGGCACCUGGAGCAAUGGAUUACAGGAUGGCUAUGGGACAGAGACCUACUCGGAUGGAGGGACAUACCAGGGCCAGUGGGUCGGAGGGAUGCGCCAGGGUUACGGCAUUAGGCAGAGUGUUCCCUACGGCAUGGCUGCAGUUAUCAGGUCACCCCUGAGGACGUCUAUCAACUCCCUGCGCAGCGAGCACACUAAUGGCAUGGCAGUGCACCCCGACUCUUCGCCAGCAGUGGCUGGCAGCCCUGCCGUCUCCCGGGGUGGCUUCGUCCUCAUGGCCCAUAGCGAUGCUGAGAUCCUCAAGAGCAAGAAGAAGGGCAUCUUCCGACGGUCACUGCUGAGUGGGCUCAAGCUCCGUAAGUCUGAGUCCAAGAGCUCCUUGGCCAGCCAGCGGAGCAAACAGAGCUCUUUCCGGAGUGAAGCCGGAAUGAGCACGGUCAGCUCCACCGCCAGUGACAUCAACUCCACCAUUAGCCUGGGUGAGGGUGAAGCCGAGCUCUCCAUCAUUGAAGAUGACAUUGAUGCCACCACCACUGAGAUCUAUGUUGGCGAGUGGAAGAACGACAAGCGGUCGGGCUUCGGGGUGAGCCAACGUUCGGAUGGGCUGAAGUACGAGGGAGAAUGGGCCAACAACAAGCGCCACGGCUACGGCUGCAUGACCUUCCCUGACAGCACCAAGGAGGAGGGAAAGUACAAGCAGAACAUCCUGGUAAGCGGCAAGAGGAAGAACCUCAUCCCUCUGCGGGCCAGCAAGAUCCGUGAGAAGGUGGAUCGGGCUGUCGAGGCGGCUGAGCGGGCAGCCACCAUUGCCAAGCAGAAAGCAGAGAUCGCAGCAUCCAGGACCUCUCACUCCAGGGCCAAGGCAGAGGCAGCUGUGACAGCGGCGCAGAAAGCUCAGGAGGAAGCACGGAUUGCCAGGAUCACUGCCAAAGAGUUUUCACCUUCCUUCCAGCACAGGGAAAAUGGGCUUGAAUGCCAGAGACCGAAGCACCAGAACUCAAGCGAUGACAUUGAGGUCCUCUCCACCGGGACACCUCUCCAACAAGAGAGCCCCAAGUUGUACCGCAAAGGGACUACCCCAUCCGACCUGACUCCAGAUGACAGCCCACUGCAGAGCUUCCCUGCCAGUCCCUCCUCCACGCCACCCCUGGGUCCUUCCUGCAGGAACAAGAGCUCUCACUUUUCCAGGCAGGUCUCAGUGGAUGAAGAGAGGGGUGGGGAGAUCCAGAUGUUGCUGGAGGGACAUGGUGGGGAUUACUUGCGACCCAACAGCUGGAGUGAAGAGAAGGUCAGUGGGACUCAUGGCAUGAGAAGCGGGACACUGUGCAGCGGUCAGCUGGGGUCAGCCUCCAUCCCUGAAGACUACAGAGGUCGGAGUGGAGGACACAAACAUUCGGCCUCCAACCACAAGCAAAGAGACAGGUGGACAGAUUCCCCAGCCACAGUUUCAUGGACUUCCCACCACAGGUCCCACAACCACAGCUCAGGGAGCUCCAAACUGCUUGAGCUAGACGAGGAGAAGAGCAAUUAUGAGAUGGAGAUGAAGCCCCUCAUGAGGAUGGAUUCUUAUAUGCAAGAGAUUCACACCCAAAAAAGACACUAUAGCAAAGGGGCACCCUGCAGAAGCAUGGCUGAUGACCACCGUGGGGAAGACUGGGGCUACGGGGUUCAGAGACUGAGGUCUAAAUCCCAGAACAAAGAGAAUUUCAGGCCAGCUUCCUCUGCCGAGCCCAUGGUGCAGAAACUGGAAAACCUGAGGUUUGGGGACAAAGCUGAACCUCGGCUACUAAGGUGGGACUUAACUUUCUCCCCUCCACAGAAAUCUUUACCUGUUGCACUAGAAUCUGAAGAAGACAACGGGGAUGCGCUCAAAUCCAGUGCGGGCUCAGCUCCCAUCCUGGUAGUCAUGGUGAUCUUACUAAAUAUUGGAGUCGCCAUUUUGUUUAUUAACUUUUUCAUCUAA